AGCAUCAAAGUCCAUACUAAAGCUACCCUUCUUGUGCGCAGAGUCUUAUAGUAAGAGGCUGAUUUCCUUAGAACUGUUGCCAAUAUGUUAUUGGCUUGAAUACCUGGAUAUUAUGUUCUUUUUUAAAGCCAUCAAUGGACUUGUUAAUAUAUCUGAAGAAGUCCUACCUACUCCUAUAGAGCCCGCGCGUGUAACAAGAUCAACUAGUAGCGGAGCUCCCGCGCGCGAAGCGCGCGCAGCGGAGCACCAUAGGUAACAAAAUUUGGUAAACUAUCCAUCCGAGAAAAUUUGGUUAUGAGGUAGCGUACGCCCGCCCACCCGUACACACACUUCAUGUAAGCCGAAGUCAAAUGUCACAAUAGAUGUUGCGCAACUUGACUAGCCUUUUAGUUUUGUAAGCCAUCCGUAUGAGUACGAUUAGAUUGACAGCUGUCAAAAUCAGACAUCCGCUGACAUAUAAUUACCAUCUCGCGGGCUCAGAUGAAAGACCAGUCGUUUUGCCCCUACAUAUAACCUGAUAUAAUAUGUCCCACUUACCAAUUCAACAUAAAAACGAAACUACCCCGGACAGGGCUGUCAGUCGGCUGACAGUCGAUUAAAGAUAUAUUGGCAAGCCAAAUUAAGGUCAAUUGACAGCUGUCAAAAUGGGAUAUCUGCAGACCACUAUCAGCAAACUAAUAACGUGGGCUCAGGUUCGCUCAGGUACACGAUCUGGCAUUUUCCACAACAAGCCGGACGGAUAUGUCGUACUCACACUAGUAGUCUGUUAAUUGGAAUAUUAACCAUUCUAAUGAACGUUAAUUGACAACUGUCAAACUAGAGUAUACGCUGACCAUCAUCACCUGAUUGCAUCGCGGGCUCAUUUUUCUAUCCAUUGACGUCGCGUAGUUUUUAAAGUUUUCCGCUGAUAUUUUAUUUGAUCACAGGCUCAAUUCGAGGCCCCAUAGCUAAGAAAAUCUAUCCAUCCUAGAAAAUUAGGCAAUCAUGUGACAGUACACCGACUACCCGACCUUCCGAAAUAGUGUUUCUGCUGAACAGUAUCACCUGACCGUAUCGCGGGCUCAGGUAUCGACCCACUGAGCUCGAGUGUUUUGAAGUUAUCCGCUGACAAGUUGCUACUUUUCAAAUGAUCGCAGGCUCAAGUUCAAUGUUUUUAAAAUGCAUAUGAAGUGAGUUGUGUUCAUGAGCCGCACUUUUAAAAUUUUUGAUUUCGAACUGACCUCGGACGUGAAAAUUCAACCGGCUUUUAUAUGCAGGGAAGGUAAUCGCUUUUGACUUUUCUCACUUUCAUGCGUUGAUCACGCUCUAAGUCCACUUUUUGUGUUCUGAUUGGUCAAAAUUUGACAGGUGAGUUCACGCAGAAAAUUUCUGCAGCGUCUGGAAACUUGCUUACUGAUAGCCGAAGCUGACAGAGUUUUGUGUCGUCUUGUGAUGUUUUAAACUGUCUUUUUCCACUUGAUGUACAAAAUGAAAUACAGCUGCUAUCAAGAUUGUUCUGUAAUUCAUGGCUCCUUUGUUUAUUGCGCUUUUUGUUGACAAAUGCACCGCUUGUCAAAGUCAUUGGAAAUCCGAUUUCGGAUGGCAUCGUUUUCAAAAAUGAGCUUACUCACUUGCACUUGUUUGAGCGUAAGAGGGUUGAUAAGUCUCAAACACUGGAACACUUGAUGACUUUCAGAAGCAGCAUCUCUACUGGUAAGCCUGAGCAAUUAUUGUCUUUGAUGUGUUUUUUUUUUUCGGUUUCCUGAAGUCGAGCGUAUGGUUUAUGCGGCUUAAGUUGACACGAGCAAUGAUCUAACCAACAAAAGUAUCAUGUUUAAAAAGCCUUUAGACAUUUUUUGACCACGAAUUCAAAGAAAAGGUUCCGAAUAAUAUUUAAUUCUGAUUUUGGCUGUAAAAAAAAAAAAAGCUCUGCUUGCCUCGAGUUCAUCUUGAAAAAGAGCAAACACAAGGAAGCCGGCUUAAAACAUAAAAAAAAAACUUAUGCUUACCUGACUCAUGAUUUUCAGAGACACUUUACUCUCAAUACUUGUCUUCGUGAAUGAAAAUUAUUGUCUCUGUGCAUGUUUCACCGAAUUAUAUUGAUUAUAUUGAUUGUUAGCAGUCCUUCUCGCAAUUUUUAUCGCUGCCUGAUUGUUUCCAGUCGAACAUAAACAUCGCAUGCAGGAAUACUCAAAACGCCGCGCGUAAAUUGUCACUCGCUUUUAAAGAUUACACAUAACAAAACCGUAAACAGUUUUAUAAAUAAAGGGAAAUAAAACCUAAACAUAACAAAUUCUCUACCAUGUUGAAGCGUAAAUGGUAACUCUUUUAAUCGCACUGCAAAUUUGGUGCCUAUCAAAAGUGUGAGCCCAUCCGGCUGUCACUAAAAGCCCAUAAUCAUUAUCCUGCAUAUCACAUAGGACCAGAUUUUCCUAACUGAAAAGUCCCGGCAUUAUGGAAUUCUCUUCAUGAAAACGUUUUAUAAUGUGGUCAAUGCUAUAAUUUGUUGUGCAAAGGAAGCGCGUGCUUUGAUCACAGGUAACCCAGGCUCACUGUUAGUGUCACGUUCGGAUUUCAGGGCGAAGUUUAGGUCUGUAAAUUUGCUAGAAAAUGGAAAUAAAAAUCGGUGAAACUUACCAUGUGGCAAGUUCUUGUUCUCCUUAAUGUGUACACGAAGUUUCGGGAAAAAUAGUCUGCUUCACCGUCCCUUCAUAGUAUUAUAUUUCGGGGUUGUCCAAUUAUUAAUCUCUCAAACGGAGCAAUGUUGAAGAGACUGGUGAAUGCCACAUUAUGAUUCAACAGCUAAUGCAAAUACAAUACACUUUCCAGGCCUAAUCUACUGUGAUCGAACAUGAUUGCUAUUUUUGGGUGUACAAAUAAGACUAUUAACUUGAUGUAAAAUUUGUUUCACUCUUGGACUGUCAAAUUAUUUUUCUGUAAAAACACUUAGCCUUUGCCUCAAAAGUCACAUGAAUGUGCCCUGAUCUGUGGAUUACAAGUUUAUUGUUUGAUUUAAAUUGUGAAUUUAUUAAAGGGAGCUUCGCUUUUAGCCCUGGCUAAAUCUAUAUAUUAUCGGAGAUGUAAAAUUCUUCCGUCCACGUAAAUGUAAUACCGUUACAUACCAGCGCUCUUUUUUUUAAUCAUGUCACAAGAAUUUGGAGCUCACUUCCGCCAGAGUUAAGAUCAAAUAAGUUAAGCUUAGCCCAGUUAAAGAGACUUCUUAGCGAUUACUAUGCCUCCGCCCUACGGACUUGCUGUAAUGCAGAGGAGCCCAGAACAUGGAAAACAAUUUGCCUAAAAUGUAACUAUGCUCGCCCUCUAACUAGCCUCGUCGCCUGCUGCUUUUAGCCUUUUCCAUCUAGCCUUCUUUUUUCCAAUCCUAAUGUUGCUUUUACUUUUGAUUUUUUGUCAAUUCGGGCCCACAGUAAUUGAUUUGUCUGUUAUGGUACCACUGCCAUGUAAAUGUAUAUGUAUGUUACUUUAUUUAUUUUUAUCAUUAUUUUAAUCUUUUUUGGCGAAGAUUCAACCUUGAAUUCGAUUUUAAAUCAAGUUUAUUUAGGUUUGGGUAUGUAUUCUUGCAGCUUGAAAAAUUACUGGCGGACGUGAGAAAUGUCGCUUUUGAAACACUGGAUGGAUUGCCGUCAGAAUGUCAAUGGUUAUCCAAACAUCUCAGCAAGUGUGCUUUGUUUGUGUGUAACAAGUGGGACCUUGUGCCAGAGAAAGAAGCGAAAGAUGUAGAGAAUCAUGUGGCCAGCAAACUGCAAUCUUGCUGGCCUGGAGUUGACCCUAAAUUACAAAUCAUGCAUAUGUCGACCGCAAAUGCCAUUACGGCCCAGAAACACGGCUGCAUUACGAAAGAAUUUUCCAAUUUGAUGAAUGGAAUAAAGGCUCUGGUAGAAAAGAGUGUUGGAGCUAGGAUGGAAAUUCACUGGAAGUAA